AUGUGCAGGAAUCACAUACAAGGGUAUCCAUCUAUCCGCAUCUUCCGCAAAGGAAGUGAUGUAAGGCAAGAUAUAGAGGAUCAUGGCCAUCAUGAACAUGAGUUAUAUUAUGGACAUCGCGAUACAGAGACCCUAGUUAAGACAAUGGAGGAAUUGGUGGCAUCAAUAUCUUUGCUGGCUCAAAAGGGUUCAGAUAGUCCGUCCACUGAAAAGAGAGAUGACGCUAAACGGCCUGCACCUUCAUCUGGAGGAUGUAAAAUUGAGGGUUUUGUACGCGUGAAGAAGGUCCCUGGGAAUCUCAUUGUGUCCGCACGUUCAGCUUCGCAUUCUUUCGACCCGACUCAGAUGAACAUGUCGCAUAUUAUUUCCCAUUUCUCUUUCGGUAAAAAGAUCAGCCCAAGGGAAAUGAGUGACAUGAAGCGUGUGCUGCCAUAUCUUGGUGGGAGCCAUGACCGUUUGACUGGCCAGUCGUAUAUCAGCAACCCAAGGGAUUCUGAUGCAAAUGUUACCGUUGAGCACUAUCUUCAGGUUGUGAAAACUGAAGUGAUGACUAGAUCUUACAAAUUAGUGGAGGAGUACGAGUACACGGCCCACAGUAGUUUGGUUCACAGUAUCCAUAUACCUGUCGCAAAAUUCCAUUUCGAGCUAUCGCCAAUGCAGGUCUUAAUAACUGAGAACUCUAAAUCUUUUUCACACUUCAUUACAAACGUCUGUGCGAUUAUUGGUGGGGUUUUCACGGUUGCUGGGAUAUUAGACGCGAUUCUGCACAAUACUUUCAGGCUUAUGAAAAAGGUUGAACUGGGGAAGAAUUUUUGA